CGUUGAUUCACUCGACCAGAGUUGCGGCGAGUGCGUGUGCCAUCGCGGUGAGGCAGACUGGGCAUGGCAACGGUUGCAUCGUAUUACACGCCGCGCGCCAGGCUGACCUACCUGGGCAUUGCUGCCAUCACACGCCGACACUUCAGCGCCUCGCACCGGACGUCAUCAGACUCGUCGUCGUACAUUCGCUCCGAUUUCACAAACCAGCCCUGGACGGGCGUUUAUGAACCUGGGGGCCCAACUGAAGGUCCCUUGGGAGGAGCUUCAGAAAUCGGAGCGCCACGCAUCACACCUGCAAUCCUCAAGCAGCACCUCGAUCAAUUCGUUGUCGGCCAGGAGCGCGCGAAGAAGACCUUGGCAACGGCCGUAUACAACCACUAUCAGCGAAUACAGGAGCUGCAGAGGAGAGAUGAAGAGGAGGAGGAGCAACUGGCGGCCGAGGAGCGGCGGCGCAUGCACCAGAGACAUCCGGUAGAAGGUAGGGAGGGUGAAUUGAAGCGAGGGAUAGCAGUACCUUCGCUGACGAAGGAUUUUGCGGAAGAUGAGUUUCCUGGCCAGCAGCAGACCACGAUACAUGUCUAUCCUCCCGAUCAUAGCUCCCAGCAAAGAACUAUACAACAAAAUGGACUUGGUCCUCCUCCAUCGCCACUUCAGGAUUCAAGUCCCUUGACUGUGGAGAAGAGCAAUGUGCUACUGCUAGGACCAUCGGGUGUUGGAAAGACGUUGAUGGCAAAGACUCUUGCCAGGGUGCUCGAAGUCCCAUUCAGCAUGUCUGAUUGCACGCCCUUCACACAAGCGGGCUACAUUGGCGAAGAUGCAGAUGUCUGCGUACAGCGCCUGCUGGCAGCCGCUAAUUACGAUGUGACACGUGCUGAGCGAGGCAUCAUCGUCCUGGACGAAAUAGAUAAGAUUGCCACAGCCAAAGUAUCACAUGGCAAAGACGUAAGUGGUGAAGGCGUUCAACAGGCACUGUUGAAGAUCAUCGAAGGAACAACACUUCAGAUCCAAGCCAAACAGGAACGAAGUUCAACAAACGAGAAAUACCGAGGUCAAGGAUCCGGAUAUCCUACCAACUCACCACUUUCGGGCGGUAACAUAAACCAACCAUCACAGCCCGGAGGCGGAAAGGGCGAUGUCUACAAUGUGAGAACAGACAACAUCCUCUUCCUCUGCGCAGGAGCCUUCAAUGGCCUUCACAAAGUCAUCCUAGACCGUGUCUCGAAAGGCAGCAUCGGUUUCGGCGCAACAGUCCGCGCAGCACCCGGAUCCGACACCUCCAACCAGCACGAAACCAUCAUCGAAGGCGAAGAUGAACUCUUCGAUAAGCACCUUCCGUAUUACGCGCCACCGACUCAGCAACACGACGAAUCAAAUUCCCAUUCCGCAACACAAAAGCGAAAAUUCAACACCCUCGAUCUCGUCGAGCCUCAAGACCUCCAAAAAUAUGGUUUAAUCCCCGAACUAGUUGGCCGUAUCCCAAUAUCCUGCGCUCUCUCAUCCCUCGAUAUCGAAGCACUCGUCAAAGUGCUCACGGAGCCCCGAAACAGCCUCAUGAAGCAAUAUCAACAACUCUUCGCACUCUCAAGUAUGGAAAUCCGCUUCACAACAGCAGCUCUACACGCCAUUGCCACAACAGCGUCGAAAAUGGGAACCGGAGCACGAGGUCUACGAACAGUAAUGGAACGCUUAUUGGCAGAUGCAAUGUUUGAGACGCCUGGAUCAGGAAUCAAGUACAUCUUGAUCAAUGAAGACGUCGCGAACAGGAAAGCUGGCGCGGUAUAUUUCAGCCGUGGACAGCAAGGCGCUUUCCGCGGUAUGAUUGCGAGUGAGGAGGAUGCUUGGGAAGAGCGGAAACGCAUCGAGGAAGGCACCGAAAGUGAAUUUGAGGCGCGAGCUCGCAACAAUUCACGAGGCGGUGCGGCGAAGACUUUUGAAGAGUAUAGAGAAAAGGCUACGGCUGCUGGCUUCGUGUAGAUUGAAGCUUGACGACAUUUUGAAACGAGUAAUGAACUGCAUCGGAGGGAGAAUGUGAGAUAGCUGUUGCAUGUGGCCGAGUGCCAGAGAUUAUAUUAGACAUUAUCACUCGACCCG